AUGGAUGAUUCGCAAGGCCUGAUUAAAAUAUCAUCCAAUGAAGAUGAUGAUGAAUAUUAUUAUGCAAGACAAAACGAAUUGAAACGGUUGGAUAAUUUAGAAGGUGAUAAACGUAAAGCUAAAUUAAGGGAGAUAAAGAAAUCGAAUCUGAGAAGAUUUCAAAAUGAGUGGAAGUCAAUACUUGAUAAAUAUUCGAAAAUUGAUGAUUCAAAACAAAGUGAUGAAAUAAAUAUACUAACUGGUGAAGUAAUAACUAAUAAUGGCCAUUUAGAGGAAUUGAGUGAUGAUGAGGAAGGUGGUUUAUGGAAUAUUGUUGAUUCAGAUCAAAGCGAAAAUGAAACACCAAUUAGUGAUAGUCUAUAUGAUAGUCAAGGUGAUACUGCUAAAUUUGUUGAUUCAAAUAGAGAGGAAGAUGAGUCGAGAAGGAUUAUUAAAGCUUUAAACAAAGGUAACAGGUAUAAAAAAGAUCAUUAUACAAACAUCGAUAAAGAUGAUUCUUUUAGUUUGGGCUCAGAUGAUGAUACUAUGUUGUAUGAUGAUUAUGUUGUUAAGCAUUCACUUUCAUGUAUAUUUCGAAAUUGUAAGUUUACUACUCACGAUCCGAAAAUGUAUAAAAAACAUUUAAUGACUGGUCAUAGACCGAAACCAAGAGAAACAAAUGUAACGAAAUCAAGAGACACAAAUGAAAUCAAAUCAAGGGAUACUAAUGAAACAUUUGAUGAGGAUGACGAUUCAAGAAUAAAUGAUAGUUUUAUUAUCGACGAUGAGUCAAAAUAA